AUGGGAAACCAUUUUAAGCUAAGCAUUGUGAGCACACCGAGUCCGUCGCCCACAUCGCCGCCACCAACACCACCAGCGUCAACAACAACACUCACUAUGGUAGAAACAGCCUCACCACCCGCGGGUUAUGCCCUCAAGCGAUGUGCAGCCCAACAGCAGCACCAACAACAAUCACUCACGAGUCUGUCACGCACGCCUCGAUCACUCUCUCCUAGCAGUGCCAAUGCUGCCUACUUGACUACCGCCAUGUUGCUGAACUCCCAGCAAUGUGGUUAUCUGGGCCAGCGCCUGCAAUCGGUUUUUCAACAACAGCAACAACAUCAGCAGCAACCGCAGUCGCAGACGCCCAGCUCUGAUGAUGGCUCACAAUCGGGCGCCACCAUUAUGGAUGAUGAGCGUCCCAGUGCCCCUGCUGCGGCUUCCCUCUUCACCAUCGACAGCAUUUUGGGCUCACGCAAUGUUGCCAGCAGCAGCGGCAGCAGCAAUAACAACAACGGCAGCAAUCUUAGCAGCCAACAUAACAACAGCAUCAGUGGUAACCACAACAACAACAACAACAACAAUAGCUUAGGCUGCAUAGGCAGCUUAAAACGCAGCACCGACUCACCCGCCUCACCCAACUCCAAUUCGAGCUCCAGUGCCGCUGCCAGUCCCAUCAGACCGCAGCGGGUUCCUGCCAUGUUGCAGCAUCCUGGCCUGCAUCUGGGACAUCUGGCAGCGGCAGCAGCCAGCGGCUUUGCAGCAUCGCCAUCGGAUUUUUUAGUUGCCUAUCCCAACUUUUAUCCGAACUAUAUGCACGCAGCCGCUGUGGCUCAUGUGGCUGCUGCCCAAAUGCAGGCGCAUGUGAGCGGACAUGGAGCCGCGGCAGCCGCUGGCCUGGCCCAUGGCCAUCAUCCGCAUCAUGCACAUCACCAUUUGGCGGCUCAUCAUGCUCAGCACCAUUUGAGUCAUUUGGGGCAUGGACCGCCGCCGAAACGAAAGCGCCGGCAUCGCACCAUAUUCACGGAGGAGCAGUUGGAGCAGCUGGAGGCCACCUUCGAUAAGACGCAUUAUCCUGAUGUGGUGCUGCGCGAGCAGCUGGCACUGAAGGUUGAUCUGAAGGAGGAGCGUGUGGAGGUCUGGUUCAAGAAUCGACGUGCCAAAUGGAGGAAGCAAAAGCGCGAGGAGCAGGAGCGCCUGCGCAAGCUCCAAGAGGAGCAAUGCGGCAGCACCACCAGCAGUAGCAACAACAACAACAACAACAACAGCAGCAGCACCAGCAAUAGUGCCAGCAGCAGCAACAACAACAACAACAAUGUGACAGUCAGCAUGUCCAAGUGCGCUUCCGAGCACUAUGCCGCCCAAUUAGUGCACAUCAAGAGCGAUCCGAACAACUAUAGCGAUGCGGACGAGUCCUCCGAUUUGGAGGUGGCCUAG